GCCAAAACAGCCACCACCUGUUUUUGACAGUCACAGGAUGCGUGAAGUGGAGCUGCUGCUGAAACAGAAUCACAGCAAAGGCAACAGGCAGCAGGGUGAUUUAGUUUUAGGGACAGGUCAGAACAGUUUACGGCCUUUAAACCUGAAAAUGUCUGACAGAGAGUCGAUCACAGCUGCUGUCUCGAAGGUGGGAUGUAACACUCAAAACUUAGAUCCAGAACAGGAAGACCCAGAGAAGAAUUUGUGCAAGAUCCCAUCUCUCCAGGAGCUGGAGGAGGUUUUACAUUCAGCCCCACGCUCCUGUCGCCAUGGAGAUGAGGUGUGGCCAAACCUGUAUUUGGGAGACAUGUUUAUGUCUCACGACAAGCUCGGGCUCUGGCAGCUGAGCAUCACUCACGUGCUGAAUGCCUCGCAUGGUAAACUGUGCUGUAAGGGCAGUGAUGAUUUCUAUGGAACCACAGUGAAAUACUAUGGAGUCCCGGCCAACGACCUGCCGACAUUUGACCUUUCACCUUUUUUCUACCCGGCAGCUGAGUUCAUUCAUCAGGCUCUGACAUCAGGAGGAAAGGUGUUUGUGCACUGUGCUGUGGGCGUGAGUCGCUCAGCUGCGUUGGUCCUAGCCUACCUGAUGAUUCACCACCACCUCACUCUUCUGUCCUCUGUGCGCUGUGUGCAACAGAAGCGCUGGAUUUUCCCAAACAGAGGCUUUCUGCGACAGCUUAUAGCCCUGGACCAAAAACUGCAGGAGAAAGGGUUGAAUGAGCCCAAAUAA